CAUCCUCCGGCUCUGCUCGCUCAGCUCAGUGCACUCAGCAUGAAGCUUCUGCUCCUCGCCCUGCUCGGGGUCUGCUGCCUCGUGGCCCACGUUGUGGAAGGUGUGGGGAGUGAGGUCCUGGAACAGCGAAUCUGUGUGAGCCUGACCACCAAGCGGCUGCCCGUGAGCAGAAUCAAGACCUACACCAUCAGGGAGGGGCCCAUGAAAGCAGUCAUAUUCAUUACCAAACGUGGCCUUAAAGUCUGUGCCGAUCCGCAAAUCGACUGGGUGAAGAAGGCGGUGGAAACCAUGGACAAGUCCAAGAGAAUAAACACAAACCAGACCAAGCCCACGGGAGCCCAGCAGCCCACCAGCACAGGCGCGACCCAGGCGAGGUAGUGGCCUCGUCCCGUCCGAGCCAGCGGCCGAUGUCUCCUUGCAAGCCCUCUCCUUACAAGGACCGAUUAAAUUAUAUGCACCUUUUCUGAAAGUACAGCCUGCAUCUAGUUGUUUUCUUGUGUUUUUACUUUUCGUGUUUUCCUGGUCAUUCAGCUGCUUUAAUGAAUAAAUAUUUAUU